CGCGCUGUGGUUCGUUAUUCUAUGGCGCUGUCACGAUACCCUGCAGCCGAUAUCUAUCGUUCAAGCGUUGUUCAAGUAACCAUGACGUAAACGAUAUAAAAGCCAUAAUAAAACGAGGAAGAACAUAUUCUUCUUAGCGCUUAGAAAACUAGGAGAUUAGUGUAUAAUUUUUUUUUUUUUUUAAAUAACGCGCAGCUUUUCGUGACGUCAAUAACAUGGCGUCAAGCAAUGCUGCAUGCGAUCAGCUGUUCACGUCGGGAGUUGCGGGGACGAAAAACGAUCCUCAAAGAGCGCAAGCAACCGAAGUAAGUGAUGACAACUACAUACUUAUAGACAUCUGCGCCAAUUUGGUGAACAAAAAGUUUAACCGCGACCUGGAGAGCGUGAUUCAGCGAGCCAAAGAUGCGGGCGUCAAGAAGAUGAUCGUACUGGGCACGUCGGCACACACCACCAAGGAGGCCCUUCGGCUGACGCGCAUGCAUCCCGGUACCGUGUACUGCACCGCAGGUGUCCACCCUCACGACGCGAAAUCCUGGGACGAGGAUGCGCUCGAGGUGCUACGGAGCGUCGCGCUGAGUCCAGAAUGCGUCGGCAUCGGCGAAUGUGGCCUCGAUUUCAGCAAGAAUUUCUCCUCUCCGGAGUGUCAAAUCCAAGUGCUCGAGAAACAGAUGGCGCUGGCAUGUGAGCUAAACAAGCCAUUGGUGCUCCGAGAGCGAGCGGCAUUUGAUGCCAUGAUGGAUGUGCUAGCACGGCACAGCAGCCGGCUGCCGGCGCACGUCGUACUGCACUGCUUUGCGGGCAGCAGCGAUCAAGCAGCGGCGUACCUAGCACGGGGCUGCUACCUGGGUGUGGGGGGCCAGCUGUGGAAAGAGCCGGAGGUGCUGCGGAGCGUGCCACCCGAGCGGCUGCUCCUGGAGAGCGACAGCCCCUUCCUGUGGCCCAAUGCCCGUGCACUGCCAUCGCCGUGGCGCACGGCACUGCAGCCCCGUGCAGUGCAGCUGCUCGAGCGCUACUGCUCCUUUCAGCGCAACGAGCCCUGCUGCCUGCCGGCGGUGCUUGAGCUGACUGCAGCUGUGCUGGGCCUGGGACCUCAGGACCUGGCGCUGCGAACCACCUACACUGCACUCAGCAUCUUUGGCCUCGACUGAAAGGCCCGUGGGCAGCAACACGUGUUCCUCCACGACUCCUAAAUGAACGCUAAGGACGAUAUUAUACUUGGCUUAUUUGCUGCAGAAAUUUCGUAUCGAUAGUUUCUACACGAUGUUACAAAGGGUUUAGGUGCAUGCACAUGAGCAGUUGGUGCAUGGAAAAAAAGAGUCCAUUUCUUGUGCGCCUGAUGACGUUCCCACCAACCGUGGGGCAAGGCUCUGGCAAUGGGUUAGGUUGAUAGUUGUUACUGCAGUCCUGCAAUGCCUUUGGCUUCACUUGGCUCUGUUACCAACGUUACAUUGUUGGCUUAACUUGCUUGGGCCGGACAAAAUGGUGCGUGAGCCAGAGCUCACAUUUUUAGGCUUCCAACACACCAAGUAUUAGAUGCUGUGAACAUAGGUCUUACCUUGCGUACAAUAUGAGCAACAGCGCAAGGCACAAGAUAUACGAAGGACAGAGCGCCGACUGUAGACCAAUGUGUUAUUGUGCACACAGAAAAUAUAUCCAGGUGCAUGAAGGGCUAAUUAUAGAGGGUAAGCUACAUGGCAAGAAGGAAAGGCAUGAUACUGAAAAUCAAGAUCACUAAAGGAGUGCUAUCAUCAAGUGCAAUAAACGCAAUUUCCUUGGUGAGAAGCGAUGCCAUGACAGCCAAGCAAAUGGCGUUUCUUGCACAUUCACGACUGCGCUGACUUAGUGAUCUUGAUUUUCAGUAUCGUGCCUUUUUUGUUUGCCAUGUAGCUUACUUUCUCUCCUUCACACAGCUGUAGAUAUUUACCAUGUGCAUAAUAAAACAUUGGUUGAUAGUCAGUGCUUUGUUUGUCUCCUUUUUAUGCCCUGUGGCUUGUGCUGUUACUUGUUUCUUAUGCAACCUGCACCAAUCAGCCCAAAUUGGCACUUUAAUGCUUUCCUUGGUGCACUCAAGAGAUUGGUGUUGCAGAGAGAACCAAAAAGAAAAAAAAGAGAGAGAGAGAGACACGGCUGGUCCCAAACAUUGGAGCCUCCAGCGGUACUUGCAGCUGGUUUCCGCAGACAUGUACAUGCAGGCUCUAUCUUGCGCUGUUUCACUGCACAAGCCUCAACGGCACAUGGGUGCAUUCUUCAGACACCCAUCGUCGACAUUGGUGAGAUGAUGUGCUGUGUACUUGGAGCUCGUACUGUAUGUAAUUCAAAGAAAGGUUGCCAGUGCUGCAGAAAUGGUGCGCUGGCAAUGACACACAUUACAAAUGAGUGCAUCGACCUUUGGGAGGAAUUGUUGUAUGUUUCUGCAGCCAACCUCAUUGCUGUAUCUGGCAUAUCCAACUUUCAGGGAUCUAUACCAGAACCACUUAGUAUUUAGAAGCUGCAAACAUGAGAUGUGACGGAUGCAUGUCAAAAUAGCGCAGAUGCCACUGACAAAGAUGUCGUGGUGCUGUGGAAUUAUCACCAUCUAGGAGAACUGCACAAAGAACCAACAGAACGGCAGAAGGCAAAACUGGAAUUUCUCACUACAGCUCAUUCAAACGGGAGGCAAAGCUCGUAAAAUCUAAUAUGCAUACAAGCGUUUAAAAAGAUAUAGGAACCACAUGCAUCUUUGCACUUCGUGCAAGUGUGGUGCUGUCACUGGCUGUCAUUUUGAUUUGUGUUUUAUGAAUUAAUUACAGCCCAUGAACCAAACUUUCUUGUGUAUUAGUGACCUAUACGCAAUGUGUUGUAUUGCACCACCAGUGGUGGGGAUGGCUCAUUGCAUGUGGAAUGAAACUGAUCUUUUUGAAUUUUGUCCAUUACACACACACACACACACACAAAGUCUGGUGCCUGCACAGCUGACUGCGCAAUGCCAGACAUUGAGCAUGGCUGCGACUUUCACAGUCAAAGACUCUUGUUCAAGGAGGUGUGCUCACUGGUUGUGGCAUUUCCGGUUUGUCUCUGGCUCCUCUUCAGCAAUUUUUGUUAUGCAAAUGAUUUCCACACAUUACACGACUUUGCAGUUGGAGGACCCGAACAAAAAUGCCAGCGCAUUUCACUGCAAGAUCUGCCAUGCUGAUCUCUCACCAUGCCUAUACACUUACGCCUGUAGGAAUCAGACUUCAUAUGACAAGCUGCAAUGGUGAGCUAGAAAAUAUACAAAACAAGUUUGGAGCAACUACUAUGAAUGAAAACUGUGCCAGCCAUGUGUUUUUUCUUUUUAAUGCGAGGGUAAAUGCCUCAGGGCAUACAGGGGUAUGGGAUGGGGGUGAAUAAGGAUGAUUAAAUGAAUGAAAAAAGAUUUGCUGACCUAAUGAAGUGUGAGAGGGAUCGAUACAGCCAUGUGUUUUAUAUGCACUACUCCAAUGUAAUUGCUUAGCAAGACAGGCAGGCAAACAAGAUGGGAAAUGCCGUGCUUCUUUGAGAUGCUGAGCUGGUGGGGAAGUUUGUGUUGGCUUUAAAGGACAAGACACGGCUAUAGUAAUGCACAAACAUACUUUUGCCACGAAGUGCUCACACAACUCAGCACCAUAGCUCUUUCCUUUGUUUGCACAGCAAGCACAAAAGAAUGCGCUCGCAUACUUGCCAACCGUAAAAUCUUUAACUCUUGCUGACCAAGAGAGGAAGGUAGCACGCACUUCUUACGAAGGCUUGCCUGGAGGAGCCUUUGUGGAAGUGUUUUAUUUAAAGGCCCCCCCUCAGGUCUGGCUAUUUUGGGCUGACAAGCACAGUGCAUACAACGUGCACUACUAUCAAUCGUGUCUGCAAAGUAUUACACCACAACCCACCAUGAAGACAGCUGAAGUUUCAGACUGAACUUUUUCUGUCCUUCUCAUGGGCACUGCACUCCCAGCCGGAGAGUCGACGUCAUUUGCACAAGUGCACCUACGUAGUUUGCAGUGCUGUGACGUCACUUACAGUAAUAUGUGACUUUGAGAAUUAUUCGAAGCAACAGCAGUUAUUUAUUUGGUCUACUGCUUCAAUAGAUGAACUAAAGUUGAGAGAAAUAGUAAAACUUACAAACAGAAUGGCUGCGUGCCUUUGUUUUACUUUGUGCUGUAGCAAAAGAGUUGUACUUCCAUUUCGUCUGCUUGUUCCACAUCGUACAGUCACGCACGCGGAGAAUGAAACUUGUGUGAUUUUCUACCAUGUUCCAGUGCAUGAUCUGCUUGUGCCUGUUUCAGUGUUCAUGUAGCACUGACUUAAUCACGCCAUUUAUCUAGUGCCAGCAGUACGACAAUGCGAGGUAAAGCGGUAAAGAUCGACGAGCCGGGCCAGCCACUCCAAACAUGCGCACACUGAGGGAUCCAGUUUGCAGAAGCAGUCGGACAACUCGGGUGUUUUCGUGCACAGCUCGUAAGAUUGUGUACAGUGUGAAAUGAAACAAAUGCGCAACAGCUUGCGGGUUCAUGUGUGAGACCAUCACUGGAAUCGUGCCGCGUAGAAAGUAAAAAACACAUAAAAAAGAAAGUGCAGGGAUAGACACGAUCCCCCAGCUCUGGCAUGGGAGAACACAGGGAAGAAAUUUCGCUUGUGGAGGCUAUAUCAGGCAAGUGGAGAGAGUGCCUAUGUUGGCAGUGACGCUUGCCUCCUGAAAUGGUGGGUUCGCGAACAUUCCUAUCUCUGCUAAUAAUGAACCAAUUUGAAAAAUUGUUACGGUAGAACGUUCCCUAGAGGGCACGUAACAAUUGUCAGUGUGUAACCAAGAUUUAGUGAGGGGCCCUUUAACAACGAUUUACCUUUUGAUGCACUAGCAGCAACAAAGCAUCUCAAUGUGAAUUUUUCAGUGACAUUGCUGUUGCCGAUUUUGCCUGUGCAUUGCAUUGCCUACAGCUCGAAGCGAGUAUGCAUCUGUGCAUCCUAUCACCAUCAGAAGAGUUCCAAUUGAAAGUUUGUUGACUGACAAAAAUAAUUUAUUAUUCGUAAUGCUUGAUGCAACAUUAGUAGAAUUGUAGAAUGAGCCACAUUACGGAUAAUUCAGGAGAGCUGGCAAGGUAUGUGCUCAGACUUUGUAUGUUGAGGCAUACCGACGCUACACAAGAGGUCGCAGCCCGUUUUAAGAGUUCUGAACGGCACUGCAAACAAAAGGACAACACUAGUGUUAACUUGGUCAACUGAGUUUACCCAGGAAAGCAUUAAGCAUAUAAACCAGAACCAUACAUGUUGCAACGGCAGUGGGGAUGCUUCUUUACCCCGCUGAUUAAAAUGCAAGCAUCCUAUCACUGCUCAAAAUACCAAGAUGGUCGCAUGUUGCCCUCCUUAUAGGUGCUCAUAGGUGUGGAGGAAGGUCACGUCAGGUUCGAGAUUUACACAAAUUUUCACACCAGACUCUAAACUAUGCUCAACUGACGUUGCAUGCCUUGGCCUCCAAAAUAUGCAAUCAACUGUGCAGACUGUAGCCUAUUUGUGCCUAAAACUCGGUCUAUUAUAGUAAUGUGUACUUUUAAGAACCACAGCUGAAGACAAUGCACCAUGCAUUCAGCAUGUUCCUCCACACGUUGCCUGCUUCACACGCCAUGAAGAAAACCCCACCGCUGGUGUUUGCUGCACCAUGCUAAAGCCCCUGGAUCUGCUGAGAAUCUUCUUAGGAAGAUAAAAAGAGGAAAUCGCAGUAGCACAAAUGAGUUGCUGCCAAGGAAGAAAACUAUGCAAUGUAAAAAAUAUGGCCAAGAGGCAUGGCGUCCCUGUCAUUUCUUCUGCUCCACAGAAACUUGCAGGCAGGAAGGGGCUCGAGGCAGCGGCAUAAAACAUGCUCUGAAACGUAUGUAAAAUGUGCCACGGGCGUGGUGUAUGAAAUUCUGCUCAAGUGUGGAGGUGUCUACGUGGAUCAAACGGGCCGUUGUGUGAAUGGACGCGCAGGGGAACAUGCGCAUUCAAUUCGGAAUAAAGAAGGAGCGAACUUACCCGCUCAUUGCCUCACAUGCAGUGGAUGUGAGCCUCUGCUUAAGAACAUAAAAAUUCUAGGAAAAAGUCAAAAUAAAACAGCGCAUGAGCUUUCGGAGGCCUACCACAUAAAGGAAAAUGGCGAUAAAUGUGUUAGCGACACUUUUGUCAAAUUGUACCAAAAGGAAAAGAUUUUUCUGCGCAGCUGUUGAUUACGAGUUGACUCGUGUGUCUUUGCUCUCCCCCUCCCAUUCUCCUCAUCCUUUCAUUGGCUGUGAUUCUGCAUAUAUAAGGCACCUUCACACAAAUAAAACCAACUGAUAGUUUGCACUCUUUCCGUCUACGUCGCCUUUUCCUGUGGUUGUCUUUUUUGAAUGUGCAACUUGGUUCUUCAAAGUCAACAACUAGCCACAUGCUUUGUGUGGAGUGCCUAAAAUAUUUUGAUUGCCAAGUUUCACACAAUGCCACUACUCUGGUCUACUGUACACUCGCACAUGUGAUGAUGGGCAACCACGACAAUAGCUGGUCUGGGUUUUCUUGCACUCAAGGGACCAGAGAAUGUCACCAAGUGCCUGGCAACACUAAAGGGCCCCUCUCCAAGUUUGAACAUUGUGAAUAAGUACUCUAAUAAUAUAGUGUCACAUAGUUGAACAGUAGAAUUGCGCAUUUUUAUAAAGCACUGAAACCUGGUGAUGGCAUCUCAAAAAUGGUUGUGUCCCACCACACUCCAGGAAAGAAAAGCUUGUGUUAUAUGCUGGAUUUUAUGGCAAGUCCAGUGUGUAGAUGAUGUAAUAAUCUCUACAAAAUAUUCAUUGUGAUGCAAAUGUUGUUCAACAUGCUUCUGCUAGGUGUAUGCCUGGUCCUCAGUUGCAUUUCUUGUACAGUGGUGAUGAUGAGACAGCACAAUGUCCCAUUGUCGAAUGUGUUAGAGGAAUCGCAUUACUAAAUUAACCUAAUGUGCCACAAAGGUAAAGGAGAUUUUGCUUGUGGUAAAAGAGGAAUGCCACUUGCAGAUGCUGGUCAAAGUGGUUGGGAAGUAUUCAUGUCGCAGCCUCCUCUUGUGGUAUUUGCCCACAUGUUUGUUACUCAACCUAUUUAGCAUAAUCAAUAUUCCUGCAACAGAAUGCUCCCUGGACAGUGCCUUACUCCAACUGCCAUUGGAUGAGGGUCCCCCUUUAAUGAGCAGUGCUGUCCCUUAGUGUAUUGCAGGCAUGUGUUGCAUGUGCCAGAAGCAAGUGCACUCCUGUGCCCAUAGACACAGUGCUUCUUCUUCUUCAUUGUGUGCAUGCAAAAUAGUUUGAAUGAGGCUGUGGACACAGAUUGCUUGCUCUAUGUUUUGCCAUUCCGUGCUGCUGAAUAUGCUCCUUGAGAGAGUGAACGGUGCUGUGAUAAUGCCUGUGUGGCCUUUUUCUUAUGUAACAACUGUUGAAGAGUGCCUUCAUCGAAAUAUGCAAUGUUUUAAUGUGGCCUAGGCAUAAAAAAGUGUGAAUGUU